AUGUGCAAAGCACAUGUCCUCCGUUUCUCCUGCUCGCAUGGCCUUUUGAUGUCUCUUGACUUCUGUCCUUGUGGACCCUGCCCGCUUCUUAAAUCCACAGGCAAAUCCCUACCACAACAACCUCGAUGCUGCUACAACUGCCAAAAGAAGCGCAACGAAUCCAGUGCCUCUUCUGGCUCCAGCUCUCGCUCAUCAUGCAGCAGUUCGGACUCCGGUGACGACAUUACAGGUCACCUUGCUGCUCUUACACCGACGCUACCCAAAGUCGUGACAAAGUCACCGCGAGCUGGUGACUACGUGAUGCGGCCAUGCAUGCAGUCAUACGGCAGCAGUCAGUACCAGAAGACCUUCUCCUUCGCCUGCAGUCACGACCAUGCCCCACCUCCACAAUACGACUCCCUUCCCGCUUUCCUGCCACACCAAAACCAUGACUGCCCAUGCUGUCAAUUCGAAGCUGUGCGUGCCCGUUCAGAUACAGAUAUUAUUGCCGAUGCAGUGGGAUCCUGGCCACUAGUGAGAGAAGAUCGACAGAAGACCAAGCGGCCGGACUGGGAAUGGAAAGAGAGCUUGGGGGCGCAGGAGAGGUAUAUCGAGGAGAGGAGACAGGAGGAGAAGGAAAUGCUGUACAUGGUUGCGAGGAAGUGGCAACAGGACCUCAAGGCCAUGAGGGUCAUUUGUGAUGAUGAGGGUGGUGCAUCUCUCAUGGGGUAA